AGCGCUGCUUCCCCGCUUUAGUUGUCGCUGCUUUGCUGCAGCCCGGACGGUCUUCGCGCGAAUAAUGGAGGGCAGGGAGUGAAAAUUGGAGGUGGGCUCGAUUGUGAUAGAAAUCCCAGCAAUGGAGGGUUCUCAAAUGCAGCUUCGUAUCUUUGACCUCAAUUGCUGGGCCAUUUGUUACCUGAGCAAAUUACGGCGAGAGCGUGUUGCAUUGAUUGGGGAUGUCCUUAACCAGGAGGGAUUUGACCUGGCACUCUUACAGGAGGUAUGGAGUGAAAAAGAUUAUCUUGUGCUGCAAAAGAAACUGUGUACCCACUAUCCUUCUUCCCACUACUUCAAAAGUGGGGUGAUUGGCAGCGGGCUCUGCAUCUUCUCCAAACAUCAGAUCCUGGACACCUUCUUGUACCAAUAUUCUGUGAAUGGCUACCCAUACAUGUUCCAGCAUGGAGACUGGUUCGGUGGCAAAUCCGUGGGUCUCAUAGUGCUAAAGAUCGAGGGCAUUAUUUUCAACGUCUAUGUGACUCAUCUCCAUGCUGAAUAUUGUCGAGAGAAGGAUACAUACCUGCCCCAUCGUGUGGUUCAGGCCUGGGAACUUGGCCAGUUCAUACAGCAUACCUCCAAAGGAGCUGAUGUGGUGCUGCUUGGAGGAGACCUGAAUAUGCACCCAGAAGAUGUUGGCAUUCGGCUAUUGAGAGGAUGGACGGGGCUGCGAGAUUCCUUCAUAGCUGCAGAGAAAAUUAAAGGCUGUGAAGAUGGCUGUACCCUUGUGCCAGCCAACUGCUACAUCAACAAGAAAGAACUGCAGUGUUAUCCCCAGGGGAUUCGUAUUGACUACAUUCUUUAUAAAGGCUCAUCUCAAUAUGAUAUUAGAUGCAAUAUUCAUGAAACUACUACAGGAACCGCUCCUGGCAAGGAUUUUCCUUACUCUGACCAUGAAGCUGUCAAAGUGACACUCUCUGUAGUCCAAUCAAAUAAAAGUGAAAACAAUCUUCCAGUUGAGCCGGUUCUGGUGGAUGUCUUGAACGAAGCCCGUCUGGAGGUGCAAGUGGGGUUACAUUCAGCAAAACGGCAGCAGUAUUUGUGUGGCCGCAUGGCCGUCCUGGCUCUGCUUCUGCUGGUCAUACAAGGAGCCAUGGCAAUGAGUUCCAUGUUUGGUGGAGCUCUCCAGCAGCCCUUCCCCAAGUUCUCCUUCUCUUUGCUCAGUCUACUCUCUGUGUCAGUCCUGCUUAUCUCAGCUGUGCUGUAUCUCUUCCACAUCAUCGAAGUGAAGGUGCUGCGGGGAACAGAGGAACAAAUGCGGGUGGGGCUGCAGACACUCCAGGAGAAAUUCAACAGCAGGUGAAACAUUUGAUGGCUGCACUGAUGGCAUGAACCAAGAGACUGGGCAGAGGUGGGAGUAACAAAUCCCUCUGUGAUUCUCAGCAAUAACAGUUCACUGGUUCUAAAUAAGGAAUGGUAAUUAACCUUUGGUACUGUAAAGGGAGGGGGGGUUUAAUAGGCUGGAUUUUUGAGCAGUAACAUUUUUUAGAUUUUUUUUGUGCUGAAGACAUGGGUGGAUUGUGAAACUAACCUGGCUAUUUAAAAAAAAACAAUUUUUAUUGUAAAAUACUAUUUUAAUAGAAUUAAACACAUACUGGACGGUUACAUUUGUAUUGAGAAAGGUAAGAACAGAUGCGUAAAAUAAAAUGCUACUAAUUAUACAGCUACUUUUCCUACAACAAUAAUGUUUUCAGCUGUACUAAGUAAAUGGUAACAAUUAUUGAUGGAAAUCUAUUUUUAAUAUGUACCUUGUUGGGUAACACUUUAGCAUUUCUUUACACUUUAGAUCAGG